UUUUUCUCUUUACUGUGUAAUGCAGCAAGAAAACUACAAAAAGGAAGCUUCAGCAAUGGAAGGAAGAGAAAGGGACGAGUUAGAGUUGUCUUUACCUUAUCCUCUUCAAUAUAUUGGUGACACAUUGUUCAAGCUGACGUCAAUGUACUAUAAUAAUAACGUGGAAGAAGUAGAAGCAGAUGAUGAUUCAGACAAUAGUUUUGUCUUCCAGAUUGAUGAAAGCUCGUUAAUUGAUCCUCGUCUUGUUUUGCUUGACAAAAUGAUCGGUGAAGGCUCUUACUCCACUGUUCAUAAAGGAUUCUACAAAUCCAAACCUGUUGCUGUGAAGAUGAUUCAGCCAAGUAAUCCAUCAGCUGUAAUUCGCGAGCAUAAGGAGAAAUUUCAGAGGGAGGUUUUACUGCUGUCUAGGAUGGACCAUGAAAAUGUUGUAAAGUUUGUCGGCUGUUCCCUGGAGCCGACUAUGAUGAUAGUUACUGAACUCAUGAAAGGUGAUACACUUCAGAGGUAUCUGUGGAACAUGCGCCCCAAGCGUCUUGAACUGGAUUUUGCUUUACGUCUUGCAUUGGGUAUUUCCCGAGCUAUGGAAUACCUGCAUGCCAAUGGCAUUAUUCAUCGUGAUCUGAAGCCAAGCAAUUUACUUCUCUCCGAGGAUAGAACGUGCAUCAAGCUGGCUGACUUUGGACUAGCUAGAGAGGAAGUAUUGGGUGGAAUGACUUGUGAGGCCGGUACUUACCGGUGGAUGGCUCCUGAGAUAUACAGCAGAGAUCCACUCCCAAUCGGAGCAAAGAAACACUAUGACCACAAAGUCGAUGUGUACAGUUUCUCAAUUGUUCUUUGGGAGAUACUGACGAAUAAAGCUCCAUUCAAGGGAAGGGAUAAUGUAACAGCGGCAUAUGCAGCGGCAAAGAACGAAAGGCCUUCUGUGGAAGGUCUUCCAACAGAGAUUGUAUCUCUCCUGCAGUCCUGUUGGGCAGAGGACCCGAAGAUUCGACCAGAAUUUAAGGAAAUCACUGCCUCUCUUACCAACUUCCUCCGCAACUGUAGCCCACCAGAGACUACACCUCCUAAACAAAUGGAAAUUGAUCGUUCCGGAAGCCAUGCAGAGGAAGAGUCGGUCAAUUCCGGGCAUGUUACAAACAAGUGUAACGACAAGGGGAAGAAAUCGAAGUCUUAUACCUCAUUCUUCAUCUGCUUCGAUGAUUGCUUAUCGAAUUGAUCAGGCAGGAUGAUGGCUGAUCAUGUUUUGGGUACAAAAUGUACAUGAAUGGCUUAUGCCUUCUUUCAGUAAACAUAAACUUCACAGAA